UGAUUCCGCCGUCCUCCACUCCUCCCUCAGCUAUAUUAACCCGCCCGCCUCUCCACCGCUAACACAGCAACUACACAACCUCACACACAUCACUACAGCGAUCACCAACCGAGCUCUCUACUAGACAAGACCUGCGAAUCCCGGAGAAGAAGGACAUGGCGGCUGCAGCGAAGGCAUCGUGGAUGGUGGCGAUGAGCGUCGGCGCGGUGGAGGCGCUCAAGGAUCAGGCGGGGCUCUGCCGCUGGAACUACGCCCUGCGGUCGAUCCACCGGAUGGCCAAGGCCAACGCUCCUAGCUUCGCACAGGCCAAGAAGCUGGCCCCGGCGACGGCGGCGGCGGCGGCGGAGAGGCGGCGAGCGGACAAGGCCGAGGAGGGGAUGAGAACCGUCAUGUACCUCAGCUGUUGGGGCCCCAAUUAGGCAUAGGUCCUCUGCUUCUGCUUUCAGUUUCAGCAGCCGAGCUUGGCUUGAGAGACCUGGCCGGCCGGCUGCUCCUCCUGGUUGUAACAUACCACGAUGAUGAUGAAAAUUCUUCUCAACUUCAUUCUAGUGCA